CUACACCAUCACCAACAGUUCACCAUUCACCUUUGAAGCCGCAGCAGAAUCGAAUAUGGCCAAGCAGUACAAGACCAUCGGAGAUGAAAUCUGGAAGAACAAAGUCGAGAAGAUUAAUGCUGAGCUCUUCACGUUAACAUAUGGCUCCAUUGUAGCCCAACUGGUCAAGGACUACGAGGAUUUCACAGAGGUUAACAAGCAGCUGGAGAAGAUGGGAUACAAUAUCGGAACACGUUUGAUUGAAGACUUUCUUGCGCGGUCUGGUGUGGGCAGAUGUCAGGACUUUCGAGAGACUGCUGAGAUGAUCUCCAAGGUUGGAUUCAAGAUGUUCUUGAACAUCACACCACAAGUGACCAAUAUCUCUGCGGAUGGAAAGGAGUUUUCGUUGGUGCUGGAUGAGAACCCCUUGGCAGAAUGCGUUGAACUUCCAGAUCAGGCCAUCGUGGACGAGCUUUGGUACUCAAACAUUCUUUGUGGCGUCCUUCGAGGCUCCUUGGAAAUGGUUCAAAUGCAGGUGGAUGCCUUCUUCGUGACGGACACGCUUCGGGGAGACGAUAUGACUGAGAUUCGCGUAAAACUGAUCCGCUAUUUGGAAGAGGAAGUCCCUGCUGGAGAGGAUUAGCAUAGAGGAAGUUCAAUAAAGCCGGUGCGCAAACAUUCUGAAUCUA